AUGUAUGGCUCCGGCCCUCAGACGGGCAUCUCCACGCCCCGCUCGCAAGCCUCUCUCCGACCCCUCGUCCUCUCCCAUGGCUCGCUCGAGUACACACUCCUAAUUCCCACCGCACUACACUUCAGUGCCCAACAAUUGAGGGACACCUUCAAGUCGACCCUCCCCGAGCCCACCGACGAGCUCGCUCAGGAUGACGAGCCAUCUUCCGUCCCCGAAUUGGUCGCACGAUACCUUGGUUUUGUUGCGCAGGAGGUGGAAGAGGGAGACGACCCAGGGUCGUUUGAGGAGGUGCUCAAGCUGGUUCUUAACGAGUUCGAGCGAGCUUUCCUCCGCGGAAACGAGGUCCACGCCCUGGUCGCCUCUCUUCCCGGCAUCACCGAGAAGAAGCUGAUCACGGUUCGCUCGUACUAUGCAGCUCGUGCCGCAGUGGAGCGUCCCAUCAAGCACCACGAAUCAGCUCUCUUCCGCGAGGCUGGUGACGAGAAUGCUUUCAUUUACGCCGUGCUCGGUGGGCAGGGAAACAUUGAAGAAUACUUUGAUGAGCUACGGGAGAUUUACACCACAUACCCCUCCUUCGUUGAGGAUUUCAUUGCCUCCGAAGCGCAGCACCUCCUAGCUUUGGCUCGCGACCCUCGCGCGGAGAAGCUCUACUCCAAGGGUCUUGAUGUCAUGCGAUGGCUCAACAACCGGGAUUCUCAGCCCGAUACCGAUUAUUUGGUUUCUGCCCCAGUCAGCUUGCCAUUGAUCGGUUUGACCCAGCUCGCACAUUACGUGGUAACGUGCAGAGUUUUGGGCAGUCACCCAGGCCACAUCAGAAGCCGACUUGCUGGUGUCACUGGUCACUCGCAGGGUGUGGUCACAGCCGCCGCCAUUGCUGAGGCAAAGGACUGGCAGACCUUCGAAGUUGCCGCCAAGAACGCAAUCAGCAUCUUGUUCUGGAUCGGAACGCGAAGCCAGCAAGCGUACCCAAGAACUUCGCUCGCACCAUCUACUCUGCAAGAUUCUCUUGACAAUGGCGAGGGAACUCCCACACCAAUGUUGUCCGUCCGAGAUCUCUCGCGGAAGGCACUCCAAGACCACAUCGAUACUACCAACGCACAUUUGCCUUCCGACAGGCACAUUGCCAUUUCACUCACCAACAGCGCACGUAACUUUGUGGUCACUGGUCCGCCCCAGUCCCUGUACGGUUUGAACUUGCGUCUCCGAAAGGUCAAAGCCCCUACUGGUCUUGACCAGACAAGAAUCCCGUUCACAGACCGCAAGAUUCGCUUCGUCAACCGCUUCCUGCCCAUCACUGCUCCUUUCCACAGCCCCUACCUCGCCAAGGCCAGUAAGGAGCUUGAGGAUGAUCUCAAGGACAUCAAGAUCCCCGCCAGCAGCCUCGCUAUCCCCAUGUUUGACACCAACACGGGCAAGGACAUUCGCGAUGACAACGCAGACAACAUUGUUCCUGCCUUGGUGCGUAUGAUCACCAAUGAUCCAGUCAACUGGGAGAAGGCGACCGUGUUCCCUCAAGCCACACACAUCCUUGACUUCGGUCCUGGAGGUAUCUCCGGUCUUGGUGUUCUCACCAACCGCAACAAGGAGGGUACUGGUGUGCGUGUCAUCCUCGCGGGCGCUAUCGACGGACAGAAUGUCGAGGUCGGCUACAAGCCUGAGAUCUUCGACCGUGAUGCCGAACACGCAGUCACCUACGCAGUCGAUUGGGUCAAGGAACAUGGUCCUCGCCUCGUCAAGACCUCUUCUGGUCAGACCUACGUUGACACCAAGAUGAGCAGGAUGCUCGGCCUUCCCCCGGUCAUGGUUGCUGGUAUGACCCCUACUACUGUCCCGUGGGACUUUGUUGCGGCCACCAUGAAUGCUGGAUACGAAAUCGAGCUUGCUGGUGGUGGUUACUACAACGAGAAGACGAUGACCGCUGCCAUCACCAAGAUCGAGAAGGCCAUUCCCGCCGGCCGUGGUAUCACGAUCAAUUUGAUCUAUGUCAAUCCCCGCGCCAUGGCCUGGCAAAUCCCGCUCAUUGGAAAACUCCGAGCUGAUGGUGUACCCGUCGAGGGUCUUACCAUUGGUGCCGGUGUACCUUCCAUUGAAGUUGCCAAUGAGUACAUCGAGACGCUCGGUAUCAAGCACAUCGGCUUCAAGCCCGGAUCCACUGAGGCAAUCCAGCAGACCAUCAACAUCGCAAAGGCAAACCCAACUUUCCCCGUGAUUCUCCAGUGGACUGGUGGCCGUGGAGGUGGCCAUCACUCUUUCGAGGAUUUCCAUCAGCCUAUUCUGCAGAUGUACGGCCGCAUCCGAAAGUGCGAGAACCUCAUCCUUGUCGCUGGAUCUGGUUUCGGUGGCGCCGAGGACACCUAUCCCUACCUCACUGGUGCUUGGUCCACACGCUUUGGAUACCCACCCAUGCCUUAUGACGGUUGCUUGUUCGGUAGCCGUAUGAUGACUGCAAAGGAGGCACACACCUCUAAGAAUGCCAAGCAGGCCAUCGUCGACGCGCCUGGUCUUGAGGACGGUGAUUGGGAGAAGACCUACAAGGGCGCAGCUGGUGGUGUCAUCACGGUCCGCUCCGAAAUGGGCGAGCCUAUCCAUAAGCUGGCCACUCGAGGUGUGCUAUUCUGGGCCGAGAUGGAUCAGAAGAUCUUCAGCCUCGACAAGGCGAAACGCAUCCCCGAGUUGAAGAAGAUGCGCGAGUACAUCAUCAAGAAGCUGAACAACGACUUCCAAAAGGUCUGGUUCGGCAGGAACAAGAAUGGCGAGUCCGUUGACCUCGAGGAUAUGACCUACCAGGAGGUCGUCCAGCGUAUGGUCGACCUGAUGUACGUCAAGCACGAGGAGCGAUGGAUCGAUGCCAGUUUGAUGCGACUCACCGUCGACUUCAUUCGACGUCUCGAGGAGCGUUUCAGCACGGCCGAUGGCGAAUCCAUCAUUCAGAGCUACGACGAGCUCCAGGCUCCUUACCCUGUCAUUGAGAAGGUCUUCAAGGCAUUCCCCGAGGCAGGAGAGCAACUCAUCAACGCCCAAGAUGUACAACACUUCCUCCUUCUCUGCCAGCGUCGUGGCCAGAAGCCCGUACCAUUUGUUCCCGUACUUGACGACACCUUCGAGUUCUUCUUCAAGAAGGACUCCCUGUGGCAGUCUGAGGACUUGGAAGCUGUGGUAGACCAAGACGUUGGCAGGACUUGUAUCCUGCAAGGCCCAAUGGCCGUCAAGUACUCCAACAAGGUUGACGAGCCAGUCAAGGACAUCUUGGAUGGUGUUCACCACAACCACAUCAAGUUCCUCCUCCGGGACGUGUAUGGUGGCGACGAGUCGAAGGUUCCUGUAAUAGAGUACUUCGGCAGCAAGCUCCUUGGUACUCACGAAUCGGUUGAGGUCGACGGUCUCACCGUCUCCCAAAUCGAAGGCAAGACCGUGUACCGUCUCUCCACGGACCCCAAGGCUACCCUUCCAGCCGUUCAGGAUUGGCUCACUCUCCUCGCUGGCGAUGCUUACUCAUGGAGGCACGCUUUCUUCACAACCGACAUCUUUGUGCAAGGCCAGAGGUUCCAGACCAACCCGGUCUCGAGGAUCUUUGCCCCAACUGCAGGAAUGAUGGUGGAGAUCACAAACCCCAAAGAGCCUGCCAAGACUGUGAUCAUUGUCAAGGAAGCCUCCCUCAGCGGCAAAUUCAUCAAGACCGUAGAGGUCAGCUUGUCUCAGGACCGCGAGAUUGUUCUCAACAUGUUCGAGGAGCGCACGGUUUUGAAGCAGCCUGCGGCUUUGUCUCUCAAGUUCACUUACCGCCCUGAGAUCGGAUAUGCACCCAUUCAUGAGGUUAUGGAUGCCCGCAACGACCGCAUCAAGGAAUUCUAUUUCAAGAUCUGGUUCGGCAAUGAAUCUUGCCCCUUCGAUGCUUCCGUGACUUCCAAGUUCGACGGUGGACGAGCCACCGUGACAAGCGAAGCUAUCAACGACUUUGUCCAUGCCGUAGGAAACACCGGCGAGGCUUUCGUCGAUCGCCCGGGCAAGGAAGUCUUUGCUCCCAUGGACUUCGCCAUCGUUGUUGGCUGGAAGGCCAUCACUAAACCAAUCUUCCCUCGUGCCAUCGAUGGAGAUCUGUUGAAGCUUGUCCAUCUGUCCAACGGAUUCCGCAUGAUUCCAGGCGCACAGCCUCUGAAGAAGGGCGAUGUCCUCGACACCACUGCCGAAAUCAACGCCGUCAUCAACCAGGAUUCUGGAAAGAUGGUUGAGGUCUGCGGCACGAUCACCCGUGACGGCGAACCCGUCAUGGAGGUCGUCAGCCAGUUCUUGUACCGUGGAGCCUACACCGACUUCGAGAACACCUUCCAGAGGAAGACCGAGACACCCAUGCAACUCUCUCUGGCAACCUCCAAGGAUGUCGCCAUUCUUCGCUCGAAGGAGUGGUUCAACCUUGAGGAGCCCGAUAUUGAGCUACUGAACAAGACUCUGCUGUUCAAGCUCAAGAGCUUUGUGCGCUACAAGUCCAAGACCGUCUUCAGCGAGGUCAACACCAUUGGAGAGGUCUUGCUCGAGUUGCCUACCAAGGAAAUCAUCCAGAUUGCUUCCGUCGAGUACCAAUCAGGAGCAUCGUAUGGCAACCCAGUCUUGGACUACUUGGAGCGUAACGGAUCUGCCAUUGAUCAGCCUGUCAACUUCGACAACCCUAUCCCUCUCAAUGGCAAGACUCCUCUGACUCUCAAGGCACCUGCAUCCAACGAGAACUACGCUCGCGUCUCCGGCGAUUACAACCCUAUUCACGUGUCACGUGUCUUUUCCAGCUAUGCCAACCUCCCUGGAACCAUCACUCAUGGCAUGUACUCCAGCGCUGCCGUGCGCAGUCUCGUCGAGACCUGGGCCGCCGAGAACAAUGUUGGCCGCGUCAGAAGCUUCCACGCCAGCCUUGUUGGCAUGGUUCUUCCCGAUGACAGCAUUGAUGUCAAGCUCCAGCACGUCGGUAUGGUUUCCGGACGCAAGAUCAUCAAGAUCGAAGCCAGCAACAAGGAGACUGAGGAUAAGGUGCUUCUCGGCGAGGCCGAGGUUGAGCAGCCUACUACUUCUUACGUCUUCACUGGUCAAGGAUCCCAGGAGCAGGGUAUGGGUAUGGAUCUAUACAACAGCAGCGAGGUUGCUAAGGAAGUCUGGGACCGUGCCGACAAGCACUUCAUGGACAACUAUGGCUUUGCUAUCACCAACAUCGUCAAGAACAACCCCAAGGAGCUCACGAUUCAUUUUGGUGGUCCUCGCGGCAAGGCCAUCCGCCAAAACUACAUGUCCAUGACCUUCGAGACUGUAAGCGCGGACGGAUCGAUCAAGUCCGAGAAGAUCUUCAAGGAGAUCGAUGAGAACACCACCUCCUACACUUACCGCUCGCCCACUGGCCUGCUCUCGGCCACUCAAUUCACACAGCCCGCAUUGACACUCAUGGAGAAGGCAUCCUUCGAAGAUAUGCGUGCCAAGGGACUUGUCCAAAGAGAUAGCAGCUUCGCUGGACACUCUCUUGGAGAGUACUCCGCGCUCGCGGCUCUUGCGGAGGUCAUGCCCAUUGAGAGCUUGGUUUCCGUCGUGUUCUACCGUGGUUUGACCAUGCAGGUCGCCGUCGAGCGUGACGAGACCGGUCGCUCCAACUACUCCAUGUGCGCUGUCAACCCUAGCAGGAUCUCCAAGACAUUCAACGAGCAGGCUCUUCAGUACGUUGUCGAGAACAUCUCGGAGCAGACUGGCUGGCUUUUGGAGAUUGUCAACUACAACAUCGCAAACAUGCAAUAUGUUUGCGCUGGUGACCUCCGUGCGCUUGACUGCCUGACAAACGUCACCAACUAUCUCAAGCAGCAGAAGAUCGACAUCCAGGAGCUCAUGCAGAGCAUGUCCCUUGAAGAUGUCAAGGCACAUCUCGUUGAGAUCAUCAAGGAGUGUGCUAAGCAGACUGAGGCCAAGCCCAAGCCUUUGGACCUCCAGCGCGGCUUCGCUACCAUCCCCUUGAAGGGUAUCGAUGUGCCCUUCCACAGCACCUUCUUGCGUUCCGGUGUCAAGCCUUUCCGAAGCUUCCUCCUCAAGAAGAUCCACAAGACAUCGAUCGAUCCCUCCAAGCUCAUCGGCAAAUACAUUCCCAACGUCACUGCCAGGCCCUUCGAGCUCACCAAGGAGUACUUUGAGGAUGUGUACAAGCUGACCAAUUCCCCCAAGAUCGGCAACAUCCUUGCCAACUGGGACAAGUACGAGGAUAAGGACGAGCCGGCGACGGCUACUCAAGCAGCAUAG